GCCUGUUCGUAUCGCAGACUACGACUCCCAGGAGAUGACGAACGUACCGAAUCCUGUACCAGAUACUGGCCUUCCUCCUCCGAGUGGUGAUACAAUAUAUUUCACGCCACCACCAAUUACUGCAUUUCCUUCGGUAAUCCAUCAGUCCCAGGAGUACCACGCUGCAGCGAUCACUGGCAAGUCUAUCAGCGCGAUUUCUGUGUCAACCUUCACCCCAUUGCCACCACUACUCUCUCUUGAACCCACACCAACCGCAAACAAUGAGCAUGCUAUUGUAAUAACGCCUGUUCCUUCUCGAGCGAGUUCAGUUCAGUCCCACAGUACUGUCCCAUCAGCGCAAGUCCAACGUCCGUCGCCUUCGCACCAAAUUUCAAAACCAGUAAUAAUUGCACUCUCUGUCGUUGGAGGUAUCGUAUUACUUGGGUGUCCAACACCCUCUCUCCCCAUUCUCCAGGAUGGUGCCUUCCCAGAUCACUUUGGGAGCCAGGGGUCCGGAUCCCCGGUUUUUGGAGGCAAGGAGCGAUUCUCGCCCUCGCUGGGAAGUGCACGAGGAAAUACAGGGCUCUGGACAUGGACUCAGUAUCACUCCGGAAUUCCAAAGCCGGCACCAACUGUCACAGUCUCAAAGUCAUCGCCAGGCGAACCCGUGAAAGGAUCAAGCAGUCAAGAGAACUUACUUUCCGAGAAAAGGACCUCUUUUGGUGGGCAAAACCAAUACCCUUUCACUGGGCAAGGCAACUUUGGACAAAGGACCCAACCGCCUCUACAGCCUAUCCAGAAUGCAAUCACUCGCGCGGUCUCUCGGCUCUCCACUGUCUCCAUGUCCCUUUACCCAAACUCGCCGGCCAACACUACCUACUAUGGUGCGACGAACGUGGGUGUAGCCAUCGAGAGCACAACGCCUCUGACAGGCGAUGGACAAACUAUGGCACGUGCAAAGGACAGGGUUGCGGCAGGACGCGCGCGCAAUAGCAUGGUCGCCCCUCCUGACGCCAAAGAUGCAUCCACGCUGCGACGCUCCCAGAGCUAUGCUUACGGUGGAAUGGACACUACCCCAACCUCACCUGGAUCCGGGAGAAGCGCGCAGAAUGGGGGCCGCACGCGCAUCAAAUCAUCAUAUUACACACCUGGCUCACAUCCUCGUACCUCCGUAGCUCCUUCGACAUGGUCAAAAGACCGCGGACAGCAAGAUGGUCUCCACUCUGAUCGCACUUAUGGAUUGCAACGUUCUGAGUCUCAUCGAGGCCGUGAGACACAGGCGCUGACAUGUGCUCUUGGACUAGCUUCGCCUGUCCCGCCAUCCCCUCAUCCAACGCUAUAUCCGGAUGAUUCCAUGAGUGUGAUUGGAGAAGCAAAGAAGGUCACCGUGACAGGCAUGCGCAGCCAAAAGAAACCAGUUCCCAAAGCUAUGCCCAAUUACGACAAGUCGUCGUCUCCUGACUCUGCGGCGCUUGGAAGUUUGAUGAUGGUGGACUUCGCGGCAUCAAAGUCGACUGCAUCACUGGUAAACAUACGUCCGUCCGAAGCAGCCAGGGAGAUGCAACAGACGCAAACUCAGGGAGGGCAGAGUUCGGGGGGGUCCGGUCAAUCAAAGACGAGCUUGAAGAAGAGAGUGGAGGACAGACCACCACGUGUUCCAUCACCUCCGCCGUUGCCAUCGCUUGCACAGAUGGCACUUGCUCACGCAAACCCCGAAGCGUAUGCUGAUUACCACAGCCCGACGUACAGCAUCUACGGGUUGUAUGAUGGAGAUAGGAAAAGUCGCGGGAUGUCAUUUGGAUACUGAUUUAGAUUGAUUCGCGUACAAGCUAUACGACAGAGUGUUACCUACUAUAGUUUUGUAUGCCAAGGGAUUGUACGUUUGUGGUUUCCGCGCGCUGAGGGCUGCAGCGCUGAAUUCAGGUCACUGUCAAGCAAGUGCGGACCUGGUCGACCUUGGU